UUACCGUUAGAAUAGAAUCGGACAUCGACCGGCGUUUCCUCUCGAAAUUGAGAUUUCGAGAUCUAUGACGAAGUGGUAGAGGAAGGAAGUUGCUUAUCGCUGUCGUCGGUCCGAAUCCGUCAUCAUGAUCAGCGGAGGCCUCCUCAAGAUCUACCCCUCUGAGCUAAAAUUGCCUUUCGAGGUGAAAAGGCAGAGCUCUUGUAGCAUGCAGUUGACCAACAAAACAGAUCAUUAUGUUGCUUUUAAGGUUAAAACAACUAGUCCAAAGAAGUACAGUGUGCGACCAAACAUGGGAAUUGUCCAGCCGAGAUCAUCAGUUAGCAUAAUAGUGACAAUGCAAGCUCAGAAGGAGGUUCCACCCGAUCUGCAGUGCAAAGAUAAGUUCCUAAUUCAAAGUGUUGCUACAGAUGAUGGAACCACAACCAAGGACAUAACCACUGAAAUGUUCAAUAAAGUACCUGGUAAAGUUGUUGAGGAGUUUAAGCUACGCGCCAUUUAUAUACCUGCCAAUCCUCCCUCUCCAGUUCCUGAGGAAUCAGAGGAAGGAGGUUCUCCACAUUCUUCCAUGUUAGACAAUGAAGUUCAGAGUUCAACAUUAUUUGAUGCAGCAUCAAGAUCAUUGGAAGAAUCUUCUAGAGAGAAUGAGGCGGAAAUGCUAGCUCAAAAGCUGACCGAGGAGAAGGAAUAUGCACUUCAACAAAAUCAGAAAUUACGACAAGAGUUGGAAUUGCUAAGGAAACAGCAAAAUCGCGGCGGUUUCUCCAUUUCGUUUGUGGCGGUUGUGGCUUUCUUGUGCAUCAUCAUUGGCUAUCUCUUCAGAAGCACAUAGAAACUGAAGUUUCACACACACACACUCUUACGAGGAUUGUGUUUAUUUUUUGAAAAAAAAUGAAAAAGAAUGGUUCGUGUGAGUUUCAUUCUUUACAGUCGAACAAAAUAAUCUGUUGUGUGAUUGAUUUUUGGAUUGUAUGGUCUUGUAAUCUUAAAACAUCUACACAGUUGUAUUUAUCAAAAGUAAGGAUCCUUUGUAUGUUUUAA